UUAUGGUCACUUCCGUGAGGAUUUCAUGUGGAGCACUGCUUCAUCGGCCUACCAAAUUGAAGGAGGAUGGAGGGCAGAUGGAAAAGGUCUAAGCAUCUGGGACAAGUUCACUCACAGUCCUUCCAAAAUAUUAAAUGAUGACAAUGGGGACAUAGCCUGUGACAGUUACAAUAAAAUAGAAGAGGAUGUUGCGAUAUUAAAGCAGCUGAAAGUAAGCCAUUAUCGUUUCUCCUUAUCCUGGCCGAGAGUCCUUCCUGAUGGCACUAUCAAUAACAUUAACGAGGCUGGAAUCAACUACUACCAAAGACUUUUGGACGCACUGCAUGCUGCAAAUAUCGAGCCACAGGUUACUCUGUACCACUGGGAUCUACCACAAGCUAUAGAGGUUUAUGGAGGCUUUUUGAAUGACAGCUUUGUUAAGCUUUUCAGGGACUAUGCUGACCUCAUGUUUGACCGUCUUGGUGACAAAGUUAAAAUUUGGAUCACCUUUAAUGAGCCGCUCGUUAUAGCCCGCCAUGGAUAUGGCUUUGGAGACUUUGCCCCAGGAAUCAGCUCAGGACCAGACACUCUUCCCUACAUUGUUGGUCACAACCUGAUUAAAGCUCACGCCGAGGCCUGGCAUCUCUACAAUGACAAGUACAGGGCCAAACAGAACGGCAUAGUCUCCAUCACAAUCAGCUCUGACUGGUCCGAACCCAGAAAUCCUUAUAGACAGGAGGACUAUGACGCUGCAAGACGUGUGGUGGAGUUCACUCUUGGCUGGUUUUCCCAUCCCAUAUUUAAUGGUGACUACAGUGAAAUUAUGAAGACAAGAAUAAGAGACCGAAGUCUAGCUGCUGGUCUACCACAGUCUCG